GUGUGGCUGGGCCUGGCUGGGGAACCUGCGGUGGUGACCCGUCUUCGGCGGCGGAGAGGAGAACAAAUCCCUCAGCAGGGUACGCUAUUACUCCUUUCCGCUUCCAGUCACCGUAGCGUUGCAUUGCGUCGCAGUAGGAGCGCUCUAGUCGCGGCCACGAUGGUGAACGUUCCGAAGACGAAGAAGUCCUUCUGUCCGGGGAAGGCAUGCAAGAAGCACACCCUUCACAAGGUGACUCAGUACAAGAAGGGGAAGGACAGCUUGUACGUCCAAGGAAAGAGGCGUUAUGACAGGAAACAGUCCGGAUAUGGAGGUCAGACCAAGCCCGUCUUUCAUAAAAAGGCUAAGACCACGAAGAAGAUUGUGCUUAGGUUGCAAUGCCAGGCCUGCAAGCACGUGACACAACAUCCUAUCAAGCGAUGCAAGCAUUUCGAGAUUGGAGGAGACAAGAAGGGCAAGGGUACUCAGCUCUUCUAGGCAUCACGUCAGGUCCAACUAGAGUCUGGAGUGUUGAUAACAUGCAUUGAAUUUCAGUGCACUAUGCAAAUUUUGUAACACGUACCUGAGGUUCGCAGUUGUUUUUGGGUGUCCUUUGUUGAUCCUUCUUUUUUUUACGGCACUUUCAAUGCGUGUUACUCAACUGGUUUA